AUGCCGCUGCAAAACGGAUCGCGUGUCGUCGCGGUCGCCGAGAUCUUCAACUAUCGCAAAGGCAUCCAGACGAUCCAGGACUGGGUCGACUCGCUCCAGCGCGCGACCGACGAGCCCAACGACUUGACGGUCUACAGCCGCUUUGUGGCCCAAAUCGUCACGUCGCUCAACAUUUCGUUCGAGACCGUUGCGCGCCGCACGUCGUUUCCGUCGACCAUGACGACGACGACCAGUAGCGCUGAUCUCUUGUCGUCGGACGCGGUGCUGCAGCGCGCCGUGGGGCUCCUCCACCGCAUGAUGGCGAUCGACCACUGCCGCGUCUACGCGCUCGACGUACCCUCCAACUCGCUCUUCUCGCGCGUCUUCCGCAACCAGCCGUCCAUGAGCAUCCGCGUCGGCGACGGCAUCGUGGGCGCG